AAAAACUUAGAUUCUUAUUAUUAUUUUUCUUUUUUUACUGAAUAAGAUCCAAAGUUACCAUGCCCAGGAAGCAGCAUGACAAGGCAGAACGAUUUCGCUACCUUAGAGAAUUAGUGGUUGAAUUUCAGGAUACAUCAUCCCCCAGUGCAAAGCAGGAAGUUUUAGCUAAUUUGGCGAAUUUUGCUUAUGAUCCUGACAAUUAUGAUCACUUCCGAGAAUUAAACAUUGUAGAUUUAUUUCUAGAUCAGUUAGACGAAACCAAUGAAGAUUUAGUUGAAUUUGCUAUUGGUGGUAUCUGUAACCUGGCUUUAGAUAAGAAUUUCAAGCAUCUAAUUUAUACUAGAAAUGGCAUCAGUAAUGUCAUUAAAUGUUUGUCCAGUAGAAGAGAAGAGACUGUACUCUCUGCCAUCACUACAUUGAUGUUUCUUGUGUCGCCUGAAAGCAAAGCAGAUAUCGUCAAUCCAUCUGUGAUAGACUGCAUGCUUCGAUUCAAAGACAGCUCCAAUAGAAGAUUGAGCAACUUAGCCAAUGUUUUUCUGCAAGACUAUUGCUCUAACUUUGAGAUAGAAAACACUAAAAAAUUAGCAGCGAAUUACAGAGAAACACAAGUUACAACAUCAUAGCAAAGCAAGAUACAGGAAAUGCCAGUGUUAAUGGAAACCCAUUCGGUACAACUGGAGGAUC